AUGAACCCGUCACGCUUAAAUAUAAUAAAUGUCCCUUUCUGUGUCUCUCACAGGACAGUAGCGUCUGAGGUCAGAAAGCAGGUUUCCCGGGAAUAUGGCUCUCCGCAGCUGUCCAAAAAACGUGCUGGAGCUCAUCAACCGGUGCCUCUGACGGAGGUGGUGGAGCCGGUGGACUAUGAGGAGUACGUUAGCAGCCAUCCGCCAGGAGCGGAGCCCGGACCCCUCCGACAGCUGCUGGAGUUCCCCAGCGAUGACCUGGAGCUGCUGCUGCAGGAGAGAGAGUGCGCCACGAUAGAGCCGCCCGUCCCGGAGGAGGACUCACUGGACCCCAGAGUGAGGGAUGCCCUGGGGGUCUACACCGACAACUGGCUCAUCAUCCAGAGGAAGUAUCAGCGAUACAGCACAACACAGACGCCUCAUAACUCUGAGCGGCAGCGGGAGAAACAGAAAGGACUCGUCAAACAAACCUUUGAGCUGGAUGAGGCCGCCAUUGAUCGGCAGGAUGAGCAGGAUGACUCAAAGAGGCACUCGGUGUCGCUGGAUGACACGCCGCGGGGGAGCUGGGCCUCCAGUAUAUUUGACCUGAAAAACUCCACUCCUGAUGCGCUGCUGCCUUCUGUGCUGGAGCGCACGGCUGCGGAGGACAUGGACUGUCGCAACGCCGAAAACCGCCAGCAGUGCCGCCACGCUGAUCUGCUGGGACUUUACCCUGCGCCGGAUGAGGAUGAGGCCGUCGAGAGGUGCACCAUUCCAGAGGUGCCCAAAGAGCACAGCGGCCAGAGGAUCAUGGUCAAGUGUUUGUCGCUCAGAUUUGAGAUCGAAAUCGAGCCAAUAUUUGGAUCACUGGCUCUGUAUGAUGUCAGAGAAAAGAAAAAGAUUUCAGAGGAUUUUCACUUUGACCUGAACUCGGAUCAGAUGAAGAGCUUGCUGCGACCCCACAGUCCACACGUAGCCAUUUCCACACUGGCGCGAUCCACGAUCUUCUCCAUCACAUACCCGUCUCCGGACAUCUUCCUAGUCAUUAAGCUGGAGAAAGUCCUUCAGCAGGGAGACAUCGGCGAAUGCUGUGAGCCGUACAUGGUCAUGAAGGAAUCCGACUCCACUAAGCAUAAGGAAAAGCUGGAGAAGCUGAGGGCUCAGGCUGAGCAGAUGUGCACUAGGCUGGGUCGUUUCCGCAUGCCCUUUGCCUGGACUGCGAUUCAUCUGCUGAACAUCGUCAGCAGUGUUGGAGGCCUGGACCGCUCCGAUUCAGACUCAGACACGGAGCGUAAGGGGACGUGGAAUGAGAGAAAGAAGAAAGGAUUUGAGAGGAUGAGUGUAGGAGAGGACAUGUGCAACUUUGCUAACUUCCGUCCAGCGACUCUCACUGUCACCAAUUUCUUCAAACAGGAAGGGGACAGAUUGAGUGAUGAAGACUUGUAUAAGUUCCUGGCAGACAUGAGGAGGCCGUCGUCUGUCCUGCGUCGACUCAGACCUGUGACUGCUCAGCUGAAGAUAGACAUCUCCCCGGCUCCAGAGGCCCCACACUACUGUCUGUCUCCAGAGCUGCUUCAUGUGAAGCCUUACCCUGACCCACGUGUGCGCCCCACCAAAGAAGUGCUGGAGUUUCCCGCUCGCUACGUCUACACCCCACACACUACCUACAGGAACCUGUUGUACGUUUACCCUCAGAGUGUCAACUUCAGUAGCCGGCAGGGUUCGGUGAGGAACAUUGCAGUGAAGGUGCAGUUCAUGGCAGGAGAGGAUCCCAGCCAGGCCAUGCCUGUCAUCUUUGGAAAGUCAAGCUGUGCAGAGUUUUACAAGGAGGCGUACACCCCAGUGAUCUACCAUAACAAGUCCCCGGAGUUCUAUGAGGAGGUAAAGAUGAAGAUUCCCGCCAACCUCACCGACAACCACCACCUGCUCUUCACCUUCUAUCACAUCAGCUGCCAGCCCAAGCAGAAUACCCCCUUGGAGACACCGGUGGGCUACACGUGGAUCCCCCUCAUGCAGCACGGCCGCCUGCGCACCGGCUCCUUCAGUCUGCCCGUCUCUGUGGAGAAACCUCCACCCAGCUACUCAGUCCUCACUCCUGACGUACAGCUACCAGGGAUGAAAUGGGUGGACAACCACAAAGGAGUCUUUAAUGUAGAGGUGAAGGCAGCCUCUUCAGUUCACACGCAGGAUCCACACCUGGAUAAGUUCUUCACACUUGUGUAUGUUCUGGAGGAGUACUCCUUCCCUUUCCGGCUGAAGGAUGUUAUAAUCACUGAGGCAAACGUGGAGGCGGAGCUGAAAGCCAGCAUGGGGGCUCUGAAAGGGGCACUGCUGGACACUUGUGUGCGCUUCCUGCAUCAACUGAUGAGCAAGCUCAUAUUGCUAAUCGUACACCCUCCUGUCAUAGCAGGACAGAUCGUAAAUCUUGGCCGUGCUGCUUUUGAAGCCAUGGCCCUGCUGGUAAACCAGAUCCAUAAGAACCUGGAGGGAAACCAGGACCAUCAUGGCCGCAACAGUCUGCUGUCCUCCUAUAUCCACUACUGCUUCCACCUGCCCACAACAGAGCCUGUAUCUCCCCCUGCUGUGGGAGCCGCAUCGUAUGAUCUCCCCAUCCAGUAUGCCACGCUCUCUAGGGCAACGGCAAGACCCAGCAGCCUGCUCUUGUCCCGCUCCAAGAGCCUGAGUAACUCCAACCCUGACCUGGCCUCAACUCCAGCCACCCCUGACGAGGAGGUGCAGAGAAUCAUCGGCAGCAAGGGGAUAGACCGCUCACAUUCCUGGGUAAACUCUGCUUACGCUCCAGGGUGCUCAAGGGCAGUGCUCCGUCGGAACCUCAACUCCAGCUGUGAGCUCAAGCAGGCUAGUGAGCGUGCCUGUAAUCGCAUGUCUGCCUUCAUCGAGACUGCCUCCAUUCUCUGUCCUCCCUCCAGGCAGAUCGCCAAGAAGUUACUUCAUGAAGAGCUGGCUCUCCAGUGGGUGGUGAGCACCAGUACCGUGAGAGAGGCGUCUCUACAGCAGGCCUGGUUCUUCUUCCAGCUCAUGGUGAAGAGCAUGUCCCAUCAUCUGUUCCUGUCCUCACGCCUGGACAUGCCCCGACGCCAGCGCUUCCCAGACCGCUUUGUGGACGACAUCGCUGCCUUAGUGUGUGCCAUCAGUGCAGACAUAGCCAGCAGAUAUCACAAGGAUGUCGAGCUAGUGGAGAGGUUAAACAGCAGCUUGGCCUUUUUCCUCAAUGACCUGCUGUCUCUCAUGGACAGAGGCUUUGUUUUCAACCUCAUCCGCUCGUAUUAUAAACAGAUUAAUAAUAAGCUCCACACAGCGCAGAGCCCCAGCUCUCUGACAGCGCUGAGGAUGGACUUCAUACGGAUCGUCUGCAGUCACGAGCACUACGUCACCCUGAACCUGCCCUGCGCCACCCUCAGUCCCCCCGCGUCCCCCUCACCCUCCACAUCCUCCACCACCUCUCAGAGUUCAGCGUUCUCCUGUCAUGUUCAGGAUCAGGGUGUGGUCAGCAUGUUCGAACUGUCGGUGCCAUUCCGCCAACAGCAUUUUCUUUCUGGUCUGCUGUUGGCUGAGCUGUCACUCAUCCUGGAGCCAGAUGGAGAGGGUGUGUUCUUCCUACACAAGAAGGCCAUUAGUGCGCUGCAUUCUCUGCUGUGCAGUCACGACGCGGACCCCCGCUACACAGACCCCCAGGUCCGCUCGCACAUCGCCCAGCUCUACCUGCCACUCAUCCCCAUCGUCAUGGAGACGCUGGCCCAGCUUCACGACUUCACCGACACGUCCCCACAGCGUGUACGUCACGCCUCGGUGCUCGUCGACGAUAGCGACCCAGACAACGGCACCAUCAGCCAGUCUGUUGCCAUGGCGAUAGCUGGCUCACCACUCCCCAAUUCCAAAGCCAACCCCUUCACUCUGCCAUCCGUGGUGAGUACCUGCUCACUGACCACUGUUAAUAACUCAUGGUAUGAAUAUGAAUGA